UCACAUUUUCAAAUUUGCAUUUCGCAUGGAUUUUAGGUUAGAAUUAGAAUUGAAUGUAAAUGCCCUAAUAUAUAUACCAAAUGGCUAACGCCUAACAUUAUGAGUGGGUAAAAUAUAUACAGUUACGCAAGUCUAAAGCAACCCCGAUAAAAGAGAAGAUUGUGUAAAAUUUCGGCCUACACAUAAUGUCGCAAACGGUUGCAGACAAAACAGAUCCAGAAAACACACCUUCCGAUUCUACAGAACCAACAAUAAACCCAGAUGAAAAGUGGCUGAUAAGAGAUUGUGAAGUAUACAAAGAUGAGUACAAAGAAUGUACAAGUUUCCGGGGUAGAUUCCAUCAGUAUUUUAUAUUUGGCGAGCCACAGGACUGCAAUCAAUGGAAAAAAGACUAUGAUAAUUGCUGUAAAUGGGAGAGCAGUAAAGAUGUAAAAGCUGGAGUAGCUGUAAUAGAAAGCGAAAAGAAACGACGGUUGGAGAGGUUGAGGGCUUACUACAGAAAUGAUACGUGGAAGAAACGCGACGCACCACCCACUGACUGGGACAAGCCAUUGCCAGAGUGGAUGGCUAAGCGAGAUGAAAAUACUUAUCUUGCGCAAAAAGCCAAAGAAAUGAGAGAGGGGAAAACGGAAGAAAUUAGUGAUAGCUUCUGUACAAUAAUGUGACAAUAAGUUAUUUUUAGUUAAUGCAAAAUUUUAGGAAAUUCCUCUUUUACAGCAGU